AUGGAAAUAUACACCGUUGCCAGGAAGCAGCUUAUUGGACCCAAAGGCCUCUUUGAUCAGAGCUGCUGUCUGGUAUUGCUGUCUCAUCAAGCUAUGGGGAUCUACAAACUCAAAGUAGCCACAGGGAAUGACCUGGUUGCUGGCACCUGUAAUAAUAUCUUUAUUGUACUUGUGGGGAUGAAUGGUGAAAGUGACAAACACCAACUGCCCCGUCACUGGAGCCACUUCUUGCCUGGAUCCGUGGCAGUGUUUGAUAUCAAUGUCAAGAAAGAUCUUGGUGAGCUCCUGCUUGUUAGACUGUCCAUGGAACGCUACUUAAACUUUCCUCUGGAUGAAUGGUUUUGCCAGUACGUCAAUGUAACCUGCCCCAGUGGUCAGAUCUGCCAGUUUCCAUUCUAUCAGUGGAUAUCAGUCUUUAUGAUUGUGGAGAUUCCAGAGGGAAAAGGUGUUGUCCUAAGUGAGAAUACUCACCCUGCCCUUAAGAAUCAAAGAAAAGCUGAACUGGAUCGGAACAAAGAAUCACACAAGUGGAAGGUUUAUGUAAAAGGUGCCCCUCACUGCAUUGAUGUAGCUGACGAUGAAGUGAAGAAUCUGCCACCAAAUGACCAGUUUUCUUUGCUAAAGGUGUCCAGCUUUGGAUACACCACCCUCGCUACUGGCUUAGAAACCAAACUAAAAGGAUUUGCAUGCAACACGGAUUCAUGGCAUAGCCUAGAAGACAUCAAACUGGUGUCCACUCUGCGAAGAUCACAGAAUUCAGAACUAGUAAGUGAGAUAUGGAAGGAAGAUUCUUUCUUUGGUAGCCUAUAUCUUAACGGAGUUAACCCCACACUGAUUAAGAAAUGCUUCAAAGUCCCAAGCAACUUCCCUGUUGGUGAACACAUAGUGGCCCCAUCUCUGGGACCUUCCACAAACUUGGAGAAAGAGCUCCAGAGUGGUCACAUUUUCCUGGCAGACUAUAAAAUUCUCGAAGGAGUUCCAUCAAAUAGCUCAAUUAAUGGGCAGCAACAAUUUAUUGCAGCUCCCCUGUGCCUACUGUGGAAGAAUCCUCAAGAUCAGCUUGUCCCUAUUGCCAUCCAGUUAUCUCAAACACCUGGAGAUAAAGCUCCAGUCUUCCUGCCCAGUGACUCUGAAUUUGACUGGUUACUGGCCAAGAUCUGGGUGCGUAAUUCUGACUUCCAGGUACAUGAAGUUGACACUCACCUUCUCCGCACCCAUCUCUUAGCUGAGGUCUUUUCCAUUGCAACUGCCAGACAACUUCCAAUGGGGCAUCCAGUGUAUAAGGCUGUGGUGGUGGGAAAUGGAGGGGUCCCAGUACUCUUGGAAAGAGCCAUGAAAGGGGUGACCUAUAGCAGCCUUUGUCUUCCUGAUAACAUUGAGGGCAGAGGAAUGGAGUCCAUCCCUAAUUACCUGUACAGAGAAGAUGGCAUGAAGAUCUGGUCAGCUGUGGAGAGCUUUGUGUCAAGCAUUGUUAAUUACUAUUAUACAAGUGAUGAAAUGGUCAGUGAAGACCCUGAACUUCAGGCCUGGGUGGAUGAGAUCUUCAAAGAAGGGUUUCUUGAACAUAAGUCUUCAGACAUCCCAUGUUCCUUGAAUUCCAAGGCCUCUUUGAUCAGGUACCUGGCCAUGGUGAUCUUUACAUGUUCUGCUCAGCAUGCAGCUGUCAACAGUGGUCAGUUUGACAUCUAUUCUUGGAUGCCCAAUGGUCCCACCUCCAUGAAGAGCCCCCCACCCUCCAUUAAAGGUGCCACUACAAUGCAAGCUAUUCUGUACGUAUUGCCUGAUGUGAAUACUACUGCUACUGGCAUGGCAUCUGUUUGGGCACUCAGCAAUGAGCCCUUGGAUAGGAGGCCUCUCGGACAUUACCCUGAUGUACGUUUUACAGAGGAGACCCCACAGCAGUUCAUUAAGGAAUUCCAGGAUAAACUGGCUGAGAUCUCCAAAUUCAUCCAGGAGAGAAACAAAACCAUGCAUCUGCCAUACCCAUACCUAGACCCGAGUGUGAUAGAAAACAGCAUCUCCAUCUGA